UUGCCACAGCACCGUCGGCCGGGGCGGCAACGGCAAUGGCAAUGGCAGCACUGUCCCUCCUCCUCGUCGCCGUCUUCUUCCUCGCGUGCUCCGUCGCCACUCACGCGCUGCCCGGCGCACCGGAGCCCGAUGCCGCCAGCGCCGCGGAUUACAACGCGCUGCUCUCCUUCAGGCGGCUCAGGACCGUCCUGCUCCACACCAACAAGCUUCAGGGGCACAUCCCGCCGGAGCUGUUGGGCUCGCUUCGGAGCCUCGAGGUGCUCAACCUCGGCCAGAACAGGCUCACAGGAAGCAUCCCUUCCGGCGUCGGCGGCCUCGUCAACCUCAAGCUGCUGGUCCUGGAGUUCAACAACCUGACAGGAGAGAUCCCAUGGCAGGUCGGCAGCCUCGCCAGCCUCGUCGGCCUCGGCCUCGCGUCCAACCAGCUGUCAGGCUCCAUCCCGGCCUCGCUGGGGAACCUGUCGGCGCUAACCGCCCUCACCGCCUUCUCGAACCGGCUGUCAGGGAGCAUACCCUCCUCAUUACAGGGCCUGUCAUCCCUCAGCACGCUCCAUUUGGAAGACAACCACCUCGGCGGAACCAUACCUUCUUGGCUAGGCAACCUCUCGUCACUGGCAUCCUUAAACCUCCAGAGCAAUGGCUUUGUGGGGCGCAUCCCGGAGUCUAUAGGGAACCUUGGGUUGCUUGAAGCCGUUUCGUUCGCGGAGAACAAGCUUGUCGGCAAGAUACCGGACGCCAUUGGGAACCUCCAUGCCCUCGCUGAGCUUUACCUGGACAACAAUGAGCUACAAGGCCCUCUGCCACUCUCAUUGUUCAACCUCUCCUCUCUUGAGAUGUUCAACGUCCAGCACAACAACCUCACCGGGGGCUUUCCGCUCGACAUGGGCGACACGAUGACGAGUCUCCAGUCCUUUCUUGUGUCUGAUAACCAGUUUCAUGGCGUGAUCCCGCCGUCCUUGUUCAAUGCUUCCAUGCUACAGAUGGUUCAGACAGUAAACAACUUCCUGUCGGGAACGAUCCCUCGGUGCCUGGGGGCUCGCCAGGAGAUGCUCUCUGUGGUGAACUUUGCGGGGAAUCAGCUUGAAGCAACCAACGAUGCUGAAUGGGGCUUCCUUACUAGUCUGACCAACUGCAGCAAUAUGAUAUUAGUGGAUGUUAGCGAAAACAAGCUCCAAGGUGUGCUACCGAAAUCAAUCGGCAAUUUGUCGACACAGAUGGAGUUUCUUGGCAUUGCAUCCAACAGCAUAGCAGGGACGAUAACCGAAACAAUAGGGAACUUCAUCAACUUGGAUGAACUUGACAUGGAAAAUAAUCUUCUCCAGGGCACCAUCCUAGCAUCUCUCGGCAAGCUUAAGAAGUUGAAUCGGUUAUCUCUGUCAAAUAACAACUUGUCAGGAUCUAUCCCAGUGGCUCUUGGAAAUCUUACAAAGCUUACAACCCUUCUGCUUAAUACUAAUGCGCUCAGUGGAGCCAUCCCUUCUGCUCUCAGCAACUGUCCUUUAGAGGAGCUGGAUCUUUCUUACAACGAUCUUUCCGGCCCAACACCUAAGGAACUCUUCCUCAUCUCAAGCUUGUCGAGUUCCAUGUAUCUUGCACAUAAUUCACUGACUGGGACUUUGCCUUCAGAAGUGGGAAAUCUCAGGAAUCUAGGUGAACUUGAUCUCUCUGACAAUAUGAUUUCAGGAAAGAUUCCUACCAAUAUUGGGGAGUGUCGAAGCUUACAGUACCUCAAUUUAUCUGGGAACCAUCUCGACGCGACGAUUCCGCUGUCACUAGGACAGUUACGGGGCCUCGUAGUGCUUGAUCUUUCUCGGAAUAAUUUAUCUGGGAGCAUUCCUGAGUUCCUCGGUACCAUGAAAGGUCUUGCUAGUUUAAAUCUCUCUUCCAAUGAUUUUGAAGGUGAAGUUCCGAAAGACGGAAUAUUCCUCAAUUCAGCUGCAACCUCGGUCAUGGGAAACAGUGCUCUGUGUGGUGGGAUCCCUCAACUCAAGUUGAAAAUGUGCUCCAGUCCCACUAAAAGGAGAAUAUCUUCAAAGCUUCUCAUGAUUAUCGCAGCAGGCGCCGGAAUUCUGUUGGUCAUACUAUCCGCAAUGUUCGUGUUAUGUAAAAGAAGCAAGCUUAGAAGAGCAAAGCCACAGAUAACUCUCCCCAAUGACAAAUACAUAAGAGUUUCUUAUGCUGAAUUGGUCAAGGCAACAGAUGGUUUCACAUCCGAAAACCUCAUUGGGGUGGGCAGCUUUGGUGCAGUGUACAAGGGAAGAAUGGAAAUCUCUGGCCAACAAGUGAUGGUGGCAGUGAAGGUACUCAACCUGCAACAUGCUGGCGCAUCCCGAAGUUUCGAUGCGGAAUGUGAGGCUUUGAGAUGUAUCCGCCAUCGGAACCUUGUGAAGGUUAUAACAGUGUGCUCAAGUAUUGACACUCGAGGUGGCGACUUCAAGGCUCUUGUGUUUGAGUUUCUGCCAAAUGGAAAUCUAGACCAGUGGCUACACAAGCAUCUCGAGGAAGAUAACGAACCCAAGAUGCUAGAUCUCAUUCAGAGACUCCAGAUUGCCAUGCACGUGGCUUCUGCGCUUGACUAUUUGCAUCAUCAGAAGCCGUUUCCAAUUGUUCACUGUGACCUCAAGCCAAGCAAUAUUCUCCUCGACAACAACAUGGUUGCCCAUGUCGGUGAUUUUGGGCUUGCAAGGUUCCUACAUGACGAACAUAAUGACAAGUCAGAGACACCAACUAGUAGUCAAACCGCAAUAAGAGGAACAAUUGGUUAUGUGGCUCCAGGUGAGCAUAGUUCUACUCUCAACUAUUGUAGUAUUGUUGCAUUUGAUUUUUCACAUUUUACCCUCCAUCCAAGGAAGCACUUAGUAUCAAAUUUGCCACGUUUGUUAAUUUCAGAAUAUGGACUUGGCAAUGAAGCUUCAAUCCAUGGUGAUGUGUACAGCUACGGUAUACUGCUGCUCGAGAUGUUCACCGGUAAAAGACCCACAAGUUCUGAAUUCGGAGAAGUGCUUAGCCUUCAUAAGCACGUACAAAUGGCACUGCCAGACCAAGCGGCUACUGUCAUCGACCAAGACCUAUUAAAAGCAGAAAGUAAUGGCAAAGGGACAGAAGGGGGGUAUCAGAGCAGUGAAGACAUGAGAAUUAGUUGCAUCGUCUCGAUUCUGCAGGUUGGAAUUUCAUGCUCCAAGGAGACGCCAACUGAACGCAUUCAAAUUGGAGAUGCAUUGAGAGAGUUGCAGAUAAUCAGAGAUAAGUUUUACGCGCAUUAG